UUUCGUUUCAGGACCUCACGAUUUGGAAUUUAUUCCGCUUUGUCGGGUAAGGCAAAUGUUACUAAUGAAUCACUUGUGAGGAAUAUCGGUAGGAAAAUUAUUCCUUUAAAAAAUUAUGAAAUAAACGAUGAAUUUCAAGCAUUCACCAGCGAUCAUAAACUCACUAAACGUGAAUUACGAUUUUUACAAUUUGCUUCCGUUGAAUUUGAUGAUAUCGUUUAUAUGACACCAAGGGAUUUUCUUGAUUCGCUUAUUCUCGACAAACCUAAAGAACGAAUCUAUCGGCGAAUAUUGAAAAAAGAAGAAAUAAAUUCAAUGUUGCAAAAAACUCCAAAAUUAAAAAAGGGAAUGAAAAGAACAUUAAGAGAUUUGGAUCAUAACGGAAUUAUAUCCUAUGCUGAAUAUAUUUUUUUACUUUCUCUCCUAAUAAAAUCGGCAGAAGGUUUUCGUAUCGCCUUUCUUAUAUUUGAUAGAGAUGAUAAUGGAAAACUAGAAAAGGAUGAAUUUCUUCUCAAAGAUGAUAAUUUGGUCCGAAUGCAGGAUACAACACUAAUUUUACAUUUAUUUGGUCAAAGCGGGAAAGAUUCGCUUACUUUUGAACAAUUUUACGAUAAUUUGCAAAGAGAAUUAAUGGAAAGCGAAUUUUAUGAAUUUUCUCGUGGCAAAGAUGAAAUUUCAUCUGUUGAUUUUGCUCGACUUAUUUUACGUUAUUCAACUAUCCGAAAUGAUCAAUAUGCAACCUAUAUUAAUCGAUUGUAUGAAAGAACACCUCAUAAUGAUAAAGGUAUAAAAUUUGAAGAAUUUGAAAAAUUUUUUCUCUUUUUGAAUAAUCUUGAAGAAUUUACUUCUGCAAUCCGACUAUUCGCUUUAGCAGAAAAACCCAUAUCACAAGCUGAAUUUCUACAUGCAGUAAAAGCAAGCACAUCGAAUGAUUUAGAUUCGCAUAUUGUUGAAUUAAUUUAUCGGAUUUUUGAUGCAAAUAAUGAUAAUCAAUUAUCAUUCUCGGAAUUUAUUGCAAUUAUGAAUGAUCGCUUUCAUCGAGGAUUUACGUCAACAGAGGAUUCAAGAUGGCAGUCGUAUAAACAGUGCAUUAUCAAUGAGCUUAGUCGGUUUUAA